AUGACAUCUUUUCUGGUAUCACCUUCAACACCAACAGGAUAUCAUCGUCGUAUUGAACUUGCUGGUAUGGAUCUGUGGAUCUUGGCACGUAUUAAUAAUGUAUUUGUUUAUCCAUCUGAAAUAAAAAUUGAUCAACUUAAAGAAGCACUUAGUCGAACUCUUUCUUUGUGGCCAUUUGUUGCUGGUCGUACUGCAUUGGAAAAUGAUCAACAUUAUAUCAUUGAAAUGUGUAACAAUCCUAUUCCAGUAACAUUAGUCGUUAAUAAUGAUUUGAAAGAAUGGCCUCUGGAUUCAAAUGUUAUUGGAGAAGUAAAUAAUCAACUAUUUUCAACAUUUAUUGAUGAAGUUCAAGUAACGAAAUUAUUUAACAAUCCAUCCUAUGAACCACUUGUUCGCUUAAAAUUAACUCACAUUGUACAAAGUGAUGAAUGUGUAUUAGGUAUUAGUUGGUAUCAUCCGUUAGGUGAUGCUGCUGCAUGUCUACAUUUUUUCAAUACAUUAUCACGCUUUUAUCAACAAAUAGAACCUACACAACCAUUAUCAAUAUUUAAACGACGUUUAUGGCGAGAAGAUGAAGCUGAUCAACCAUUAAAUCUGCAUUUCUCUGGUAAACAACUUGCUACGUUACAAACGUUAGCUGGUGGAAAUAGUGUAACAACACAAGAUGCACUUACAGCAUAUAUUAUUUUGACACUUAAUACAUAUUGUUAUUAUAAUAAUGAUGAGCGUCGUAUUUUACAUGCAAUUACAAUUGUUAAUAUUCACGGUGUUUCGGAUUUCAUCACCACACAAGGUCAAGUUUACAAUUCUUUAUUCAUGAUGUUAUCGGAUGGUUUUGAUGAUCCGUAUUCAUUAUCAAGUAUUGCAAGGACAAUACGUCGAUCGAUUAUUCAAUUACGUGAUCCCAAAGUCCUUGAGUCCGGGAUAGCUACUGUUGAUGGAUUAAUGAGAAAGAAUGUUAGAAAUAAUAAAUUCCCGAAUCCACAGCUUGUUCCAAAUGAAUUUGCUGUCAAUUCAAAUUUUAGAUAUGAUUGGGCAGAUUUAGUUGAUUUUGGUUAUACAGAUAAAUGCCGAUUUUAUACAGCUUGGACGGGUGCAUUAUAUUCACGUGUAUUUCGUCUUAAUCCGGAAAAAGAUGGAAACAAAUGGUUACCAAGAGAUCGAGAUGGAGCUGAAGUAUCAUUUCGAAUGGAAAAAGAAUUGAAAGAAAAGUUUAUUAAUGCAUGGAAACGAGACAUUAUGGAAAAUUUUUAA